UUUAAAAAAUCUUUUCACUAGAAUUUUGAGUAAACGAAUAAUGACGGAGAAAUUCAGGUCUCUAGCAUUCUUGAUUAUACUCUUGCUCUUUGUCCAGUCAGUCAAAUCAGAAUUUCCUCUGGCACCAGCAUUAUAUGUUUUUGGGGAUUCAUUAUUUGACAGUGGUAAUAAUAAUCUUUUGCCAACUUUUGCUAAGGCUGAUUUCAAGCCUUAUGGUAUAAAUUUCAAUGGAGGAGCUACUGGAAGGUUUACAAAUGGGAAAACUGUAGCUGAUUUUAUUGCUGAAUUUCUUGGAUUGCCGUUUUCUCCACCUUACUUGAGUUUACGAGGUUCAGUAAAACUCACAGGGUUAAAUUAUGCAUCUGGGUCGUGUGGUAUUUUACCUGAAACAGGAAAUAUCAUCGGGAAGUGCCUGCAUUUGUCUGAGCAGGUCGAUUUAUUCCAGCGAACGGUGGAGCAAGAAUUGCCUAAGCAAUAUGAUGAUCCUGAGGAGCUUUCCAGUUAUUUGUCAAGGUCCAUUUUUCUCAUCUCCACAGGCAGCAAUGACUACGUAAACAACUACCUACAGCAAAACUUCUAUGACAAAAGCAAACACUACAGUCCUGAAUCCUUUGCCAAACUUCUCAUUGAUGCACUUUCUCAACAAUUUCAGGCAAGCCCUAGCUCCUUCUUAAAAGUAUAA